AUGCCUUCUUUUAGUUCUCCGGGUGGAGAUACAUGGUUCAUAAACUCCAAUGAACAAUCAAUUGGAUAUAUCCUUGCUGAUAAUGGUUUUGAUGUUUGGAUUGGAAAUGUCCGUGGCACACGUUGGAGUAAAGGCCACUGUACUCUUUCUGUUCAUGAUAAGGGAACUAUCAUGGGUCUGGCUGCAUUUACAAUGCCUGAAAUAGUAAAAAUGAUAAGCUCUGCUGCGCUUCUUUGUCCCAUUUCUUACCUUGAUCAUGUCAGUGCUAGUUUUGUUCUUAGAGCAGUUGCCAUGCAUCUUGACCAGAUGCUUGUUGCUAUGGGCAUCCAUCAGUUGAACUUCCGGAGCGAUAUGGGUGUCCAGAUUUUAGAUUCGCUGUGUGAUGAUGAACAUUUGGACUGCAACGAUCUGUUAUCUUCAAUAACAGGUCAAAACUGUUGUUUCAAUUCAUCUCGGAUUGACUAUUAUUUGGAGUAUGAACCCCAUCCGUCAUCAACAAAAAAUUUGCGGCAUCUUUUCCAGAUGAUCAGGAAAGGCAGUUUCGCAAAGUAUGACUAUGGAUGGUGGGGAAACCUAAGGCGCUACGGCCAUCUGCAUCCUCCCUCAUUCGAUCUAAGCAGCAUACCGGAAUCACUGCCAAUAUGGACGGGCUAUGGAGGCCUUGAUGCACUGGCUGACGUAACAGAUGUUGAGCGCACCAUCAAAGAGUUGAGGUCCACGCCAGAGCUGCUGUACAUUGGUGACUAUGGCCACAUUGAUUUCAUCGUGAGCGUGAAGGCAAAGGACGAUGUUUAUGUUGACUUAAUGAGGUUUCUCAGAGCCCAGCAGGGAAUGCACAGUAGCUAUUAG